CAGCCCCAGCCUCAAACCGCAAAAGGAUUAUGUAUAUAUGUAUUUCAAUUGUUGGUCGUAGCUAGGAUCUUCCUUACACGGCCAAGAUGGCUACCUGCAGAGAGUCUGCCGGAUCCCGACAUUUUUAUCUUUGAAGGAAAUCCUAUAAUCCAAUGUCCACUUCACCCAAGCAUAUCUAGAUAGCAAUAUCAUGCCCUUUUAUUUCCACGUAUUAUCUCUUAAUCUCUUUUUCCUACACUUUUUCUAUUUCAAUGUCAUACCACCUGCAACUUAAUGGGGCCUUCGUGAACAUCCAAUAUAAAAUGCUCUCUUUACUAUAGCUAACGGUUCGUUUUCGAACGCGGAACCCAUUUGUUGUCAUAUGUGCCCUUCCUAUAUUACCUCCCUUCAUCUCUAGCGAUGGAGUACCGGAUAGGAGAAAGCUUCUUGAUACUGUCCUCCUCCGAGGAAUCGGACGAGCUAUCUGAACCCCAACCGGACAGGAUAAAUCGCGAGCCCCGUGGUUUGUCAAACAGAGCAAAUAGCACGCUCAAAAAGAAGAACCUUUUUAUUAACACUUCCUUUGACAUAAAUAAGCCAGAUAGCCAAAAUAAUGCCGGGCAGCUUCUAAGAUCUGAGGUGGCUAAUGCUCUAGGCAUUGACGCGAGGUCUCUUCCCCAGUCGUUCCAUGGUUUGAUAGGGGAUUAUGACGAUUCUAGCUCUGUAUAUUCCUGUUCGAGUAAUAACCAGCAGCUUCUGGAUGGAUCGAAGCUAGCGGGUAGAGAAGAUUCUGUGGGCCCAGUCUCGGACUAUUCACCCCCAGUUGAUUCUGCCGAAUGGAGGAAGUCAAUAGGUGACUUGGUCGAAAAGCGCCUUAGUGCCGCUAUGACUAGCAUCCUCGGGGCUGAUGGCGGAUCGAUGCCUCUAGAUGAAUCGUUCCUGGAUCUUGGGGGCAAUUUCCGGAAGGCUAGAGAGCUUCGAGCGGAGUGUAUGGACGCGGGUCUAGCUAUCAAGACCAGGGAUAUCAUGAACUCCAAGACUAUCGCCGAGCUUAAGACACAUAUAACGCCGCUUAUACCUCGUAAACUUUCGGAGAGAACGAUCCAACCCACGACUGUUAGCCCACUCGAACCAGGGUCGCUAGAGAUCCAAUCAGACAAAUAUCAAUAUCAAAUGCCAGACUAUUCUCAACCUCCAGCAAUUCCACCCAAGGCGGCAGCUAGAUACUCCCUCAUCCAACCACAGCUCAGACCUACAGUAUCCAGGAGACGUUAUGCUAGAGUUGAGAAAAUUCUCUAUCAACAUAGUGAUGUUUCGAAAGCUUCUGUGCUCAAAUCAAAGGCUGGCCCAUUUGAGGGCCGGCUCGUGGCAUUUGCCACCCUGACAUGCUGUGUGGUGGAUGGCCCAGAUGACUGCGAAGUUAAACUACAGAGCCCUUAUUAUACCAUCAAGCUGCCAUCUAUUCGGAACGUAGUUGAGUCCCAAGUACCGCCGAGUCUUGUUCCCAACGUCUGGAUCGUGCUAGAAAAGAUGCCCUUAGACGAUUCCGGUAAUAUUAACCGGAGAAAGUUACAAACAUGGAUUCAAAACGUCAAUGACGACGUAUAUCAUCAAAUUUUGUCCAUCGACUCGAGGGCGAAUUUAAGACAACCCACAAAUGUAAUCGAAAGGCGCCUCCAGAAGACGGCAAGUAGGGUGCUGCAGAUGGAUCAAACCGGUAUAGGCAUGAAUAUGUCGUUCGCAAGCAUGGGUGGCGAUGAGAAAGCCGCAACAAAGUGUGCAGCCGAAUGCGAAUCUCGGGGUAUUUGCCUCGAUACAGAAGAUAUCAUGCAAGCAACUUCAUUAACUGAACUUGCUGCCCUUGCAACGUCAAGUAAGUCGCAUUCGCGCAAUAUAGACGGCAUCCCGGUAGAUACCUUCGAACUCUCACCUAUGCAGCGUUUAUAUUUUCAUACCUCGAUGGGUAGCGACGUUUACCAACGAGAAGCUAGGAACAGCGAGUACAGGUUCAACCAGAGCAUAUUAUUUCGACUGAAGCGAGCUAUAAGCGUCGAGGACGUGACGGCGGCGGUAGAGGCUGUCGUCGGUCAUCAUUAUAUGCUUAGAUGUCGGUUUCGACGUAGCGGAAGUUCCUGGUGUCAGUCGAUAGAAUCUGAUAUAUCAUCUUCAUAUCAUUUUGCACACCAUACAGUUACGACGGACGCCGAAGUUGAAAAAGUGGUUAGAGCCUCCCAAGAGACGAUCGAUAUCGAGACAGGCCCUGUCUUUGCUGCCCACCAUUUCCACACCCGCGACGGUCGCCAGAUGCUCUAUAUGGUUGCUCAUCAUCUUGUCGUCGAUUCAAAGUCGUGGCACGUCAUAGCAGAUGACUUGGAAGGGUUACUUACUAAGGGGUAUCUCAUAUCCGGCCACACCCUCUCUUUUAGAGAAUGGACGCUUCACUAUAGACAUCGCAUACGGGAUAUGGAACUCCCUUUCGACGUACCAGUGGGAAACUAUAAAUACUGGGGAAUUGAUCCUGCCUUUAACAAGUACGGGAAUACGCUGGCUACCGGAUUUACGCUCAGUGCAGAUGUUACCCUAGCUCUUGAAGCUAGCUGUCGAGCGCUUCAAACGGGUCCCGUAGACCUUUUCAUAGCUGCUCUUAUCCUUUCAUUUGCGCAGGGUUUCCACGACCGCCCACUACCGACUCUUUGGAAGCAAGUAAAUGAAAGGUCCAUAUUCGGAACGGGGCGAAAUGUAUCAGAGACUGUGGGAUGGUUCACCUCGCUCUGCCCGGUGGCUAUUGACUCUUCUCCAACGGACACCAUUUCAACUAUACUCGGCCGAGUCAAGGGUUCAAAACAUGCUACCACUGACAAAGGUGCCUUGAAGUUUACUAAGAAUCUAAUAGAUAGCCCCUCUGCCCUUUCUUUUAUUUCCUCCUACUGUCCUCUCGAGCUCAUGUUUACUUAUGCUGAGACAACGCAAAACGUACAGCGUCAAGACACCGUAUUAGAACAACUUCCUACGUUAGGUAGGAUGCUAGCUCCAAGUAUGUUAGAUAUCGGAAGCCAUGUCGGACGUCUCGCCGUAUUCGAGGUUUCAAUAUCAGUCGAGGGAGGUGAGACUAAUGUCAACAUUCUUUACCAUAAAAAUUCCGCACAUCAAGAGAAGAUACAUAGUUGGUUUUAUGGUUACGAGAAGAUACUCCGCCAAACUGCAGAAGGGCUACAGUAUGAAAGUUCCGGGAUAUCUUCAUCUGACGUUCUUCACAUAAGCGUCACUGAUGAGGAGCUUAACCGACUAAAUACGACAAUCCUACCACGCCUCAAUCUAAAUAUUUCCAACAUCGAGGCUAUUUAUCCCGCAACAGAAACUCAGCAGGAUAUUAUUAUAAACCAGGCCUUAGUGCCGGGGAGUUCUAGGGCGUUGAUGAUUUGCGAUCUCGAGACGUCUGAUCGGCCUGUUGACAUUUCGCGCAUCUGUGCUGCUUGGCUUCAAGUAACAUCAAAACACUCCGCUCUAAGAACUGUCUUCGCUGAAAGCGCCUCAAAUAAGGGCCUAUAUGACCAGAUAGUUUUAAGAUCUCAUUCGCCUACCAUGCUUUUCCUUGAAAGCGACACCGUCGAAGAUGCAAUGGCAUCUAUUGACAACCUACCCCCUUUAUCAUUAAAUGAAGGUAUUCCUUGGCAUAGGCUCAUUGUAUGUCAAGUAGCUGGAAAGACUUUCGUAAAGCUGGAAGCUAGUCAAGCAGCAUGCGACGUUGCCAGCAUGGCCAUUCUCUUCAAAGAAAUCGAGCAAGCCUACUUCCAUGGCCUAAUCCCAUCUGGGCCCAAAGCAUCCUAUCCUCAAUAUGCGCAAUAUUUGAAAACAGCUUCUUCCAAUAUUGACUUUUGGAAGAGACAUUUGGGGGAUAUACAGCCGUGCUCAUUUCCCAUACUCGUAUCACAGCCUCAUAUCCUAAGCGGGUGGGAGACCAUGUCUAUUGAUCUUGACAUUCCAUGCGAGAGGCUAAAAGAUCUUGCUAACGAAUACAACAUAGACAUAUCUACCAUACUUACAGUUGCCUGGGGUUUACUGUUACGAAACUAUACCGGGAAAGACAGUGUCUGUUUCGGGCAUCGCAUUGCCGGUAGAGAUUUCCCCGUCGAGAACUUGAGAAAUACUGUUGGUUCAUUUUCAACUAUUUUGGCAUCCAAGCUUGAAAUCCGCGCUGAAGAGUUCGUCGCACAGCUGUUGCUAAACGCGGAAAGGGAUCGUAUACAAGCACUUAAUCAUCAGAACGUACCCAUAAGGAGGGUUGAACAUGAACUACAUAUCAGAGGUGGCCGCUUAUUCAACACCUACCUUUCGUUCGGAUAUGAAUACAUCUCGCAUGAGACCUCUACAAGUUCGAAAUGUCAACACAUCAGGACCGAGCAAGCCUCAGAAUACGAUGUCGGUGUUGAUGUAUACUUCCACGAUGGGAAUAUCACAGUCGACAUUGGAUACCGCAUACUCAACUCCGAUCAAGCAAUAACCGUAGCAUGUGCCUUUGGGAGGGCUGUUGAAGCCAUCCUGGACUCACCAACUAUUAUAGUUCAGGAGGUAGAUCUGUUCACUAUGCGCGAUCAUGAGCAAAUCUUGGCAUGGAAUAGCAUGCCUCAAGCUGACAUACCUAAGGGGCAUGUGCACGACUUAGUUGCGCACCAAGCUUCGUUAAAUCCCGAAAUUCAAGCCAUCUGUGCGUGGGAUGGGGACUUGUCUUAUGGCAAUCUACAUGAUUUGUCCAUAGUCCUUGCUAAACAUCUCUUAGCUUCUGGGCUGAAGCCGCAGAUGCCCGUACCAGUGGUGAUGGACAAGAGUCGCUGGGCUGUGGUGGCUAUGCUAGCGAUACUCCACGCUGGCGCAAUUUUGGUACCUCUUGACGUUGAGAUCCCCUCGAUCAUUCCUUGGUCGAUCCAAAAAGUCAGUGCCGAUUUCGUGCUCUGCUCUACCAGCUCUCGGAGGCAUGUGGAUAGUCUUGGAGUAAAGGUUAUCAUUGUAGACCAAAACGCGGUCCUAGCUAUGUCGGCGCAAACUGUUGAUAUGGACCUUCUUCAUCCUGCGCCCUAUGAAAUAGCGUGCAUUCUCUUCAGCGCCGAACCCACUGGGACCUUCAAGUGCAUCUCAUAUAGCCACGGAUCUCUAGCAGCAGCUUGCGUCGGGCAGGGUUCUACGCUACUGAUCAACCCAUCUAGUAGGGUCAUGCAGCUUUCUUCGUAUAAUAUCGAUAUUGCGCUUUCGGAAACAUUCACCACCUUGGUUAACGGAGGCUGUGUCUGUAUCCCUUCAGCCUCGGAGAGGAUUACGGGCUUCUCCGAAGCUACCAGACGCAUGCAUAUUAACUGGAUAUGUUUGACACCGACGUUGUCAAGGAAAUUAGACCCAGAAAGCCUACCGGACCUUUCCAUUGUCUGUAUCCGUGCACGGCACCUCGACGAUGAUGUCUAUGCACCGUGGAUCGGCAAGGUUAAGGUAUUGAUGGCGUAUGGUUCUCCUGAAGCUGGCCCCCUUGCACUUUCUGCCACCGAAGUGACCGAUUCUAAGGCUUCGCAAUGCUUCGGUAACCCAUUCUACGGAAACUUCUGGAUAGUGAGCCGUCAAGAUAGCAACCGGCUCAUGCCAGUGGGCGCUCUUGGUGAACUGAUAAUAGGAGGACCGGCACUUGCUACCGGGUUGGAUAUCCAUGAACCUGAUAUCAAGACCUGGGUUGAAAAGAGUGCAGUUUCUCCAAUGUCGCUACUAGAAAAAUCGGGGAGUCGCCUACUCAAGACUGGAGAUUAUGCCCGAUAUCUUGAAGAUGGUAGGAUUGAGUUCGUCUUAGAUGAUGGCGGGGAUGCAGAAAUUAACGGUAAGAAAUUUCGUCUUUCGGUUGUCGAGCCAAAGCUUCGGCAAUGUCUGGGUCGUGGUAUCGAUGUAGUGGUUGAAACGAUUGCCUUCAACGACUCUAACUCGGACCCGAUCCUAGCUGCAUUCGUCGAUUUCGGAGAUAAUGCAUUGAAAAAGGGUGAAGGCUUUUCAAACCUCAGUCGUACUACAAAGGAGAGAUUGUACCUUUCUAAGAAGAUAGGGAAUAUGGCGCUCCGAGAUACUUUGCCGAGUUAUAUGGUACCCUCGGCGUAUAUACCUGUUAAGGGUAUGCCUCUAACACCGACGUUGGAGGUCAACAGGAUGGAACUCCAACGAAUGAUUGCAGGUUCGUCUAGGAAGCAACUUCUCGGGAUGGCAGAAAUCUCGAACCCUCAAGAGCUCCAGGAUAUAAGCUUCAAACCUCUCCCCUUAACCGAAGUUGAGCACGGAAUGCGGGUUGUAUGGGCUCAAGUACUCGAUGUCGAAGAAGGUUCAAUUACAGCUAGCGAUAGAUUUUUGACCCUAGGUGGUGAUAUUAUUCUAGCCCGUGAACUAGUCAGGGAGUGCAAGCAGCGUGGGGUUGGUAUUUCUAUUAUCGAUGUCCUUCGAAACAUCUCCCUGGCUGAAAUAUGUAGGGGAGGUGUUGGUAUAGAGAUAUAUCCCACAGCCAUUCAAGAGGUCUCUGAACCGACGCAAUCAAACCACCCGACUUCUCCUACCAGCAAGGCGAUUGUGUCACAGCUUAGAAUCGACGGCAGCUUGAUUGAGGAUGCAACCGAGACGUCAUCGUUACAAGCAAUGUUCAUUGAGUCCGGGAUGCUACAGACUCGUGGCAAUAUCGAUUACUUGGAGAUCAGCAUCACCGGGUCUCUAGACUGGCGUAAACUUCAGGAUGCGUGCUUUAUGUUAACCGACUCUCAUCCCAUACUCAGAACCGCGUUUGCCAGUCAUAGUCGUCAACUCUACCAAGCCGUCUAUCGGUCGCAUCGUCCGGAAUUUCUAAGAUAUCAGUGCCAGAGCUGGAGACUCGGCAAUCUGACCGCAAAGCUUAUCAAGAGGGAACAAGCACAGCUUGUUGAUUUCAGCCAGCCCGUCACCAAGUUUUCCUACUUCGACGCCGGGAAGAGCUCUGUCCUCAUUAUACGACUCUCCAGAGCUCAGUAUGAUGAACUUUCCUUACCUAGGCUUGUUCGAGACUUGACUCAGUUUUACAAUCACAGCGAUCGACCUGUCCGACGUCCUGGUUUCUGCGAAGUAGUCAGAGCUUCUCAUCGCGCGCACUCAAAUAGUACAGUCGAAUACUGGCGUACUCUACUCGAAGGCGCAGCAGUGACGCAAAUAAUACCACAGCCCUCGCCUGCGAAAGUCAGCUUAAAUCACACUACUCUUCACCGAAAAAUCCCUACCAGGUCACUACAUAGCUUAGGUAUAUCAUUCGAGACGAUCCUGAAGGGUGCCUGGUCAGUUGUCCUUUCGAAUCUGUCUGCCACGGAUGACGUCGUCUUCGGGCAGCUCGUGGACAGGAGGAACCUCAGCCUUCCGAGUAAACAAAACAUCUCAGAUGUUGUUGGUACUUUAGGUAAUAUUUUACCUGUUCGGACGCGAUUGCCGGAUAUUCCGAUCACUCCGUAUGAAUAUUUUCGGUGUGUUCAAAGCCAGCAUGUUGCUAGCAUGUCACAAAACAUGCAACUCUCCGAUAUUAUACAAAAAGCCACUUCCUGGCCAUCUUGGACUCGCCUCAGCACCGUCAUCUACCAUAAAAACCAAAUCAAGGAUGCUGAGAUGAUCGAAUUUACUAUUGGAAACGCUACGUGUAAACUAAAUUACACAGAGAUAAACCACCCUCCAUCAGACAUCUUUGUCAAAUCAUGCAUGUUGGGACCUGCUAACGUCGAUAUAUCCCUUACUUUCAGCGAGAAGAUAACCCUCUCCUUCGCAGAUGAGGUCUUAGGUAUGCUUUGUUCGGUCAUCUCGCUUCUCACAUCUACCUUCGUGAUGGAGCCAUUGUAUUUGAAAGGCCUCGGCGACAAUCACUCAGCAUCGAGAAUCCCCCUUCCAGCACCUAAACGAGACCCAAGUAUACCUCAGACUGUCGAGCCAGUCGAGCCCGAUCUUGCUCGGACCGCCCACACCAUCAUAUCAUCCGCAUGGGACGUUAUUCUUGAGGCCCAUUCACUCAAGGUUCCCGAUAUACGUUCAGUUCCAUUCUACGAAAUUUGGGGCUCAUUGAUUCCCGCCGCUGAGCUCGCCAAGUACUAUACCGAUAACAUGCCCUCUGCUCUCGGUGUCGAACAGACCACUUAUACAGCAGAAGAGAUCGUUGAUCACCCGACGAUGAUGCAACAAUACGAACUAAUCAUUGCAAAACAUCGAGUACCGCAUUCCAGACGUAACAGGAAUACUAUGUUGAUUCGCACACAGUCGGUUUGGGGCAGAAGUAUACGCAGGUUGCCUCGCGUCAGCGUCGCACCAAGUGCUUCUGCUCCAAGGAGUAAUCAUAGACCAAUGGGUAGCAGCACUUCUAUGGAAUCCAUGACGACGGGGAGUAGCCUAAGCGAUGAUGAUGAGCUAAAGGAGCAUGGUAUUUAUCUAAUCCACGGCGCCCGUGAAGCAAGAGGAAAUAUCCUGGAGGGGAAGCACUCCAAGGCAACAAAGAAGGGACCCUCGCUCCUUGGAAAAAUGUUACCUAAAACCUCGGGCUAAAUUUCUACUUUCUCUUUUUUUUAGGGGAGAUUGAAAUCUUCGGAUGGUUAUUUGGGCCGCAUUAUGGAAUAUACAGUUAUCUGGACGGGUGGCGUCCAGGUUCUGAGAUAACUACCGACAAGAACAAUAUUUUGAUGGCUGUUUAGAAUAAAUCCUUAGAUACCUAUGCUUAAGCUAGAUACCAAUGAAAUUUCUUUAUUAAUUUCCACACAA